GGCAGUCACAAGACCCGAGCGUCCAGGAGCACGAGCCUCCACAGCAGAGGGCGAGAGGCUCGAGCGCUUCGCGCGCGCGUUAUUUGGUUACAAGUUGGUGCGGGCGGCAUGGCGCGCGAGACUUCUCCACGGGCUCCCACGCUGCGGACGGGACGCCAGCGACGCUCCUCCUGCAGAAGCUGAGAGCCGCACGAGCUUCACGGUCCCCUGAACUCCCUCGCCCUCCUCUCCUUCCUCUCGCGCUCCUUCCUCUUCCUCUCCUUCUGUGAUGGUCGCGAAGCGAAAGGAGGGGCGAACGUCAGCGAGCCGGAGCGCGCGCUGAGGGAAGAUGUCCGCGCUGCCUGCCACCCACCCGAAAUCGAUUGUGUUACAGUCGAGGAGUCUCGCGCUUGACGUAUAAAACGGGACGCAUGUUCUCAAGGAAGACACGAGGCAGCCGCGUCUGUUCCUCUCACCCGCUCCUCCAGCGCUCCGGCUCGCUCCUCUGACCUCCUCGCGCCCAGAAGGCAGAACCUCAGAACCCCACCGGCGCGCGACACCGCUGAAAGGAAGCCAUGCAGGCUGAGAAGAGAUGGCACAUACUGUUGAGUAUAAUGGUUCUGCUCAUCACCUCCAGCCAGUGCAUGGACAGCAACGAAGGGAAGCAAAAGGAGAGGCGGACGCUGCUGGACCUACUGGUGCAGGCGCUCGGGGACGAGCAGCGGGACAAGCCGGUGUCCCGCCGCGUCUCGCUCUACUCCACGGCCCAACACGUGAAGCUCUCCUCGCGUGAAAAGGCCACACGUUUGCCCAAGCUGGACAACAGCAGGCCAAUAGAGAUCGUCCCAAGAGACGUAAGCGUAAAAGACAAGUUCAUUAAGCAUUUCACAGCAGGACCAGUCAAGUUCUCAUCUGAAUGCAGGACGCAUUUUCAUAGAAUUUACCACAACACAAGGGACUGUGCAAGGCCAGCAUACUACAAGCGAUGUGCAAGAUUGCUGACGAGGCUAGCAAUGAGUCCUCUGUGUGCUCAGCCGUAGAAACCGCAUGUCCUGAGGUCACAGAAGAAGACGUUGGAGUUUUUUUGGUUUCGUUUCGUUUUAUGUUCUUUUGUUUGGAUUUUCCAAGGAAGUGCCUUCCAAUCCCGACAGUAAACAGUCAUUAUGUUUUCGUCCGCUGUAGCAAUGUAACUGUAUUAUUAAAAUAUUAUUACAACCUUUUAGGUUUUUUUUUCAAUCAUGAUUUGUGUUGAUAUUAAAAUGCUUUCGAAAUAGAGUUUUGUUGAACAGCUUUGCUUUUUAUAUUAUGCGUUCUGAGAAGACUUGUUUAAUAUUGCAGCCAACUGUUUAUUUAUUUCAGUGAUAUGUAAAUAUUCCGUCCUGAUUACAAAAUAAUAUAUUUAAACGUGUCUGUGUGUCUGACUCGUCCAGCCGUCUCACCAGCUUUCAUCUGCUUUGUGAAUGUGACGUUUGCCUGCCUUUGUUCUGUCAUGCUGUCAUGCUCAUGAUGAUUAAUGUGGCACUUAUUAAUGAACUGACUUCGAUUA